AUGGGUGCUGAAUGUGGUCCUCACAAACGUGGACAUGCUUACACUGUUAUAGAUUGUAAAGGACCUUCAUUAUUUCCGACAACAUCUGAUAAGCAUUGGGGUUGGAAAGAAGAUCUGAACCUAAUCAAAGCAGUACAUAAACAUAAAUUAGGCAAUUGGGAGGAAAUUGCAUCAGAAUUGGGUACCGAUAAAACUGCCGAUGAUGCUAGGAAACGUUUUGAUCAUUUUUUUAUACGUGGUCCCUUUGGUCGAUAUGCAGCAGAUGUUAGUUCAGGGCCAUAUGCUGAUAAUCGCAAAAGUGAAGAAAUGAAUUUGUCAUCUGAUUCAAAUGUAGUUGGUCAAGGACAAGCAGUAGAUGGUUCAAAUUGGCAAUAUAUUACGGAAUUUUUCCGUGAUUGGAACCAAUCUGUAAAUUUUGACGAUCCAAAUUGGUUCGACCAGUUUGAAGAACCUUUAAAGAAGUUUAAGAGUGAGUUUUGCACUUCACAAGUACAAAGCUCAACGCAAAAUAAUGAUGAUGAUGAGCUACACAGCUUUGAAAGAAGUGAUGAUUCACAUCUCACCUCUAAAACUCCACCUCUAUCACCACUUUCGGUAGAAUUCUUCAGAAGCGAUGGUGAAGGAACAACUAACUCAGAGAGUAGUAAUUCAUGUGAUUGUGAAGUUGAGUUAGCAGCACACUGUUCGAAGAAAAGAAACAACAGUUCCCAUAUUUGUUGCAGCUCUUCAGACGCUGUGCGUAGUGUAGAUGAAGGAAGUGAACCGGAACAAAAAUAUGAAAAAAAGAAGCCAAUACUGCAGUUGAAGCGUGUUGAAAGGAAGAGACGAAAAAAAGACAAUAAGCAAAAAUUAUUUUUUAAGGAGGCGUGCAAAGGGAAACUUCUGAUUAAAAUAAGUGAAGAUGUGAAGAAACAACUGCGAGAAUUUUAUCCAGAACAAUUUUAUGCAAGUGUCCCAUUACUAUCUUUUGGAGCAGAAGAACGUUUAAAAUUGAAGGAUAGCGAUCUUCAGCUAUUGGGAUAUAUGCCGGAAAGGGAGGAUUUUGAGUGGGAAUUUAUGAAUGACGCAGAAAAAUUAAUUAGUCGUUUAAUAUUGCAACCAGAACCUGAUACAGAUGAAGAUAGUGCUUUUGAAAGUGCUGUAAAAUUAGCGAAGGUGCAGAAAUAUAAUCGAAUCUUGAAACAGAGAAGAGCGAAAAAAGCAGCUGUCAGAGAAUAUGAACUUGUGAACAAGUUUUUUGACAAAAUAAAGAAAAUAGAAGAAACACGUCGAAGUUUGACACACAAUCAACAUUAUUCAGCUUCGGCACGCCAGCGUGAACUACUUCAUUCAUUUCUGAAGAAAACUUAUCAAGUAUUGAGACAACCGGAGCUAAAACAGUUACUUGAUGCGAUUACAGGUUAUAUCAGCUUAAAGGAAAGAAUUUCGAGUCUAGAAAAUCACAUGGUGGAUGGUGUCAAGGAUUCGAAAAGUUUAUCAUAA